GCUACGUAUCCUACCUGGGACCUUACCUGUUUAAAUAAAUAAAAAUCAUAAGUGCGAUUUCGAUCUCUCCACUUCUCCUCAUUUUGUUGGACUUUUUUUUCAAGAUCUUUGCUAUCGUAGCUCUUCUCUGACUAGUCAUCUCUAGUCCCUUAACAUUUAUACUAUUAUUUUAUUAUUAUUAUUAUGGCCAAUCCACCCGACGAACCAGCUGCAGCUGCUUCCCCGACAGCGGCCGCUCCGGCUGAAGCAUCAGCGUCAGGUGCAGGUGAUGUGCCGAGUGCGGUAGAGGGUCCAAUUGAGGCCGCUGCUGACCAAGACUAUGAACCAUUCGAUGACGCAGACUCCGCCUUAGGUCCGGGUGACAACGCGAGCUCAACAGCAUCACUGACUGAGAGUAUCCUGCAGUACCGUACGCUUAAUGGCCGUACGUACCAUAGCGGGAAAGUCGGGUCAGGUGGUUACUGGGGACCGAAUGACGAGCGCCAAAAUGAAGCCUUAGACAUAAACCAUCAUUUCAUGACGCUCAGUUUGGGCGGCAAACUUUUUCUUUCGCCUUUAAAGGAAGAUAUAGAAAAAAUUCUUGACAUUGGAACUGGGACAGGUUUAUGGGCAAUUGACUUUGCCGAUGAAUACCCCAACUGCGAGGUUGUUGGAACGGAUGUAACCCCAAUCCAACCUUCGUGGUGCCCACCCAACGUCAAAUUCGAAAUCGACGAUCUUGAACAGCAAUGGACCUACCCAUCUAACAGCUUCGAUUUCGUACACAUGCGAUAUAUUACCGGUUGCGUAUCGGACUGGACUAAGUUAAUGAAGCAAGCUUAUACCGCCCUUAAGCCUGGUGGUUGGGUCGAGACGUUCGAACCGGAAGCCGACUAUCGCAGCGAUGAUGGCACCUUGAAGGAAGGUUCGCCUUUCCUGAUAUGGCGUGAUUUGUUCGAGGAGGGUGGUAGAAAGUUGGGUCAAUCUUUCACUCUUAUCUCGGAUGAUACACAACGGAAGGCUGUCGAAGCCGCCGGUUUUACAAAUGUUGUAGUCAAGGACUUGAAGGCGCCGAUUGGUGGCUGGCCAGCCAACCCCAAGCUGAAAGAGCUUGGGCAAUGGUAUCAAUACGUUUUUGAACAGGACCUGGAAGGUUACGUUAUGUUUAUGUGGAACAACGUUCUAAACCGUCCAUUGGAGGAAAUGCAUGCAUUCCUCGCGGCCUUCCGCCGAGACAUUCGCAACAAGAACAUCCACGUAUACCUACCUCAGCGUGUGGUAUAUGCACAAAAGCCUUUGGAUGCUUAAGCCGACUUUUUGCCUACCUAGGUAGUUAUGAUUCAUGAAUUUGUAUAUUCUCAUGACGACAGAUUGGAUAUCUUUAUACUUCAUAGCAACGGAGCAUUUAUUGAAAAAUCGGAUGUUAUAUAAUCACUUUCCUUGAUUACAAGGUAUAUACAUAUAUACAUAAUGAUACCACAUUCGCUCCCUGGA